ACCCAAAUUGAUGCCGUCCUUUCUCUCCCCGGCCCUUCCCUUCUUCUUCCCCCUCCUUCCUCCCCCGCUCAGUCCCCAAUGGCCUAAAUCAAGAAGAUAAAAUAAAUAGACAUCUCAACACAUACGCUUUGAUAACACAAGAACAGGAGAGAGAAAGGAAGAACCCAAACCCACACAACCUUUCCCUUCUCUCUCAUAGGGAAGGCCUCAUCAGAAAACAAGUCUUCAUUCCCUGGCUAACGUGCGCCUUCUUCUCUAAGAAAUUGGAAGCUCCAAGUCUCUCUAGAUGGGUGUCGAAAGAUUACUACUCUUACUGUGGCUGCUAACGUGCGGCAGCCUCCCACACUCAACCCAUCCAGAUCCAGACGACGAAGCAUGCCUAACCCACCUAAGCUCAUCCAUACAAGACCCAAACAACAACCUCCAGAACUGGACCCGAACCACCUUCCAGAACCCUUGCUCUGGCUUCACCUCCUACCUCCAAGGCGCCACCUGCAACAACGGGCGCAUCUACAAGCUCUCUCUCACUAACCUCUCUCUCCGCGGCUCUCUCUCCCCAUUCCUCUCCAACUGCACCAACCUCCAAGCCCUCGACCUCUCCUCCAAUUCCCUCACCGGACCCAUCCCCUCCGACUUCCAGUACCUCGUCAACCUCGCCGUCCUCAACCUCUCCUCCAACCGCCUCUCCGGUUCCAUCCCUCCCCAACUCGCCUUCUGCGCCUACCUCAAUGUCAUCGAUCUCCACGACAAUCUUCUCUCCGGUCAAAUCCCCCAACAGUUGGGUCUUCUCGUCCGGUUAUCGGCUUUCGAUGUGUCGAAUAAUCGGCUUUCGGGCCCGAUUCCGGCGUCGCUGGGGAACCGGAGUGGGAAUCUGCCGAGGUUCAAUGCGACGUCGUAUGAAGGGAAUAAGGAUUUGUAUGGGUACCCAUUGCCACCAUUGAAGAAUAAAGGGCUCUCGGUUAUGGCUAUUGUGGGGAUCGGAUUGGGAAGUGGGUUUUUGAGCUUGGUGCUUAGUUUCACUGCUGUGUGUAUUUGGUUGAGAGUUGCUGAAGAGAAAAUGGCUGCUGAAGAAGGCAAAAUUACUCAGCUCAUGCCUGAACCAACGUCAUUUUGGAAUUUGAGCCAGUUGAGCCGCAAU